AUGGUCAAUUCAAUUUUGACUCAUAUAACAAAUGAAUUUGACAAAUUAAAUUCCAAGCUUGUUCCUCAGAUUGAUGAACUUAGAAAUAAGAAUACUGAAGUCAAAGCUGAGAACAUUGAAUUUAAAGCUGAGAACAUAAAAUUAAAACAAGCUUUGGAAAAACAUGAAUUCAGAUUUAUGAAACUGGAGCAGAAUGAUAAAGAUACUGCUGUUGAAAAUGCUGAACUUAAAGUUAGAGUUGUGAAAUUAGAACAGAAGCAAUCGCAAACUGAUUAA